AUUUUCCCUGAUAACCGCGCAGUUAUAUUAAUCUGACCGAAUGUUUAGGCGGAAACUAAUCCUUGCAUAAAUAUUUAUAUAUCACAACCAGCCAGGUAUUUUGUAAUUGAAAAAAAAAUACUGCGGCCGUUUAUAAUAUUCGGUAUAGCUUUACAAAUGACUGAUUGCGAAUAACGAAUGCUUCUGGCUAAAUUAAGUAGCUGUUUUGAACUUGAAGUUGAUGAUGCAUAAAGAGCGAAUGUUAUGAGUGGGAUACAAUUGAUAAAACAGUUAAGUGAACUAUCUUUUUAUGAUGCUAUAAAGGUGCAAGUAUUUAUUUGUAACAAAUGAUACAUGUGGGCUGCAUCUGGCAGAGGUUAUCAAGGUAAAAGCAAAGUAUUCGGCAGAACAGAGGAAUAAGUAAUACCGUGUUGGUUUAGAGGAGUACGUAUUAAAAGUGAUUUUAUAGCCUAGGUACUUAGCUGUUUUUGUGAUUAUACACACACUACAGACAGAGUGUUGCCUGUGUAGUGAUACAAUUGUUUCACGAUUGAAGAGGGAAUAAGUCGUGUAAAGAUAUUUCCGAGGAAUAAUAUUGUCCAAAUUAACAGUUACUGAAUUUAAAAAGGAAGUGACAAAAAGUGAAUAGUACGAUAUCUGAAAAAAGAAAACAGGAUAAGCUAAUAUCUUAUAAACAAUGGAGGAUGAUAUUCCAUAUCUUACGGAGGGCUAUCUCGGAGAGCAGGCCAAAUUCGCACAGUACGGACUUACAACGGUAUCGCACCAUGAGCCAGUCAUCAGACUUGACACAAAUAAGGUUGACAUUGUAAUAGGAUACAGCGAGAAGACGAGGUUCACUACAAAGUUUAAACGAAUGGACCCAAUCCAAGAAAUGAAUAAUUGCGUUUUUAUGCAAAAUCUAGGAGAUUCUAUGCAUUAUAGUAUCGCUGUUUCUCAACCAGGGUUUUAUAAAUUCGAAAUAUACGCUUUACCAGGCAGCCAAGCAGGUCCCCAUUUCAUCAACGUAUUCAAUUACCUGAUUCACGUCAAGUUCGUCGAUGCUUAUGUAGAGCCGUUCCCAAAACAGUAUCCCCUAUGGAAACAGGAGGGAUGUUUUGUAUUUGAACCGAUGAUGAUCCAGAAAGGGUGCAACUAUGGCGUUAAGUUCCGCUAUCACAUCCCUAAGGCUGUUGAUGUACAGAUAAAGGCCGGCGACGACUGGCAUAAACUUGAGAAAGUUGAAGCCGAUACAUAUGAAGGAUAUAUUGACUUCAGCAAGGUAAACCUACCACCGGGUUCAAAGGUCAAGUUAAAUGUGAAAUUUGGAAGAAAUAACAAGUAUGACAUUUUACUAGAAUACACAAUCUAAACUUCUUCACCGAGUGUUUAUGUUUAAAAGCUGCUUCAGUUUGUUUAUUUCAUUAGCAUCCAGGAAAAUGUGGACAUAUGCCAAUAAGAGAUAAUGAGGUUUCUCAGCAAGUGAGCAUCACCAGCAGUUUGUAGAUUCCGUACAACAGAUAAUAAUUAUCUGCUAAUGAAUAUAUCUGUUGUUGUUGUCGUUGUUGUUGAAAGAGUAAGAGAGAAAGGUCUGGAUAUAAUAUACACUCUUGUGAAAUGACUCGGAACAUUUUUUUCGUGUUUGCUAUACAGUGUAUUAAAUUCUGUAUUUUAAGGGUAUCUUUAAAAUUGAAAAUAUUCUAUAUUUUUUAUUUUGUUAUUGUGAGUUUGUAAGAAAAUCACUCGAAAUAUGUGCCAUAUCGUAUAUCUUUAUAUAACAAGUGAGAUAGAAUUAUCUGAUCUGAAUAUAUAAUUAUUUUUGAAACAGUGCGCUAUAUUACAUAUAUACAAUGCUACAAAUCAUUGCGUUCCUGAGUAUUGUAAUAAUCCAAUCUAAUGUAACGAUAUUAUGAUUUUUAUACCUGUUAAGAAGAAGGAUAUUGAUUCUUCUCGUGUAAAACUACAUUAAUACGAUAUCACUUCGCAUGUUUACGCUAAAACAUUAAUUUUGCAGUUUUACUAUUCUUGUGUUAUUUUAACUAUGCUAUUUAUUAAUAUGGAAAAUAUUUGUUUUAUUUACAUUUUUACAAAAACAUGUAUAAUUCUUUUUCUAUGAAGUAUUCACAUUUUAAAGAUUUUUUAUAUGUUAAGUCGUAUCUUAAAUUCGGAUACUAAUCAUUUUGUAUUAUAUUGAGCAUAGUAAUAACGAUUAUAUGUAAUUGUUUCAAUUGAUACUGUAUAUUACGUUCUUAUGUUUCGGCACUGCUUAUAUUUGUUUUUAAUAAACACAAUUGAAAUACUCUUGGAAA